GUCCGAUUACUUCGCCUUUAUAAGCCUUGGAUCGUGUCGCGAUGCCUGCAGUGUGCCUGAAAACGUCGGCAAGAUGAGAACCUUCAUCCUGUCAGCUCUGCUCCUCAUCGGUACCUGGGCUGCACUCGGUUCAGCAGCUCCUGCCGAUAAUCCAGAGUCCUCAACGGAGACUCCAGUUCCGGAGAAUUGCAUCCAAGGCGAGAACUGCAAUCUCCCCGACUGCUUAUGCGGCUCUAUCUACCACCCCGGAGAUUUUGACCUCUCGGAAGUGCCACAGUUCGUCGUCCUGUCCUUCGAUGAUGCCAUCACUGUCUCCAACUUUCCUUUCUACGAGGAGUUCAAGACACUUAUGAACCCCAACAACUGUCGAAUCACCAUGACGUUCUUUGUGUCCCACGCUUACACCAACUACUCCCUAGUUAACGAACUGCAUCGGCUCGGGCACGAGAUUGCUCUUCACUCUGUUACUCACAAGAGCGAUGUGCAGAACUACUGGCGACCGGCUAACAAGAGCGUAUGGAUGAGCGAAAUGAGCGACCUCAAGAAGAUUAUCAUGCACAACGCUAAAAUUCCCGAGGAAGAUAUCAAGGGCUGGCGUGCACCUUUCCUGGAAGUGGGAGGCGAUGAGAUGUACUCGGCCAUGGAAGAGCUAGGUCUCGAGUACGACUGCUCUUGGCCAACGCUCAAGUACACCAACUGGUAUGGCUCAAAUCCCUACGGUGCUCUGUGGCCCUAUACCCUUGACUAUCCUUCCAUUCAGGACUGUCAACUGGGUAGAUGUCCCGAAAAGCCCUACAAGGGGCUCUGGGUUGCCCCCAUGGUUGAUCUGAAUGACAACGUGGGAGAAGCUUGUGCCAUGUUGGACACGUGCAGGAGUAUUGACGACGAACUACUGAACAGCGCCGAUGCAGUCGAGUAUUUCCUAAAGCGAAACUUCGACCUCAACUACAAAAAUAAUCGAGCACCGUUCGGUCUCUACGCUCACCACGCCUGGUUCUACGAGAACGAGAUUAAUGAGUCCACUGCCCGCAGGGACGGGUACUUGAGAUUCCUGCAGUACCUGGCAACCAAGCCCGACGUUUAUGUUGUGUCCUUGAACCGCGUGUUGGAAUGGAUGAAGAACCCCGUCCCCGCCAGCCAAAUGAAUUUCAACGAAGCCUUCGGUUGCCCCACCUUCGACCCAGAAACCAACUGCCCUGAUAUCAGCAACUAUCAGUUUGAUGAGACGAACAAUCUGCCCGACCAUAUUAGCAGCAUGUCUAUGGCCUCCUGCACGAAGCCCAAGCCCAAGUAUUACCCUUGGCUCUAUAACCCUUACGGAAACGAGACGAUUGCUUAAAGGAUUAGGAUGACUGAAGUGAAAACGUCCACACAUAAAAAGUGGUAGUACUAUUGUGUGAAAAGAGUAAAAGGGGACAAAAUAUUAUAGUCUUUUCCUUUAUUGGUUGACAUCAUGUUUCGCCGCACUGAGGAAUCGGGAAAACAAGUGACAAACACAAAUUUAUGAUCUGUAAGGAGGUCAUUAGCCCUUGCACGAGAAGCAUUUUGUGAUCAAGAAGGAUUUCUUUUUUAAGUGAGAAUGAAAUACAGGUUAAAAAAAUAAUAAAAAAGAACCAAAAUUGAAAAAAAUAAAAAAUAAAGGCAUUGAA